AUGGCCGCCCCGCAGUUCGAAAUGACCUCCCUGUCGAGAAACUCCAUCGACUACAAGGCUAACGGCGAAGUAUCUAGAAUGCGAUCUCACAAGGGUAACAUGCCCUCUCUUCCUCAAACGAAAUACUGUACUUUAUGUCCCGCGAAGUUCACCAGAACGACGCACUUGAACCGCCAUUUACGAUCCCACACCAACGAGCGCUCACACCGAUGCGAUACAUGCAAUGCAGAGUUCACUAGGAGUGACCUCUUAACACGCCACAAAAGGACCUGCGGGGAUCUUCAGAACACGAACCGCUCGAGGCGAAAAUCAUGCCAGUCUUGCGCUGAAUCCAAGAUUAAGUGCGACCUUCAAUAUCCUUGCUCAAAAUGUGCUUCAAGAGGCAGGGAAUGUAUAUUUAUCAACGAUCCAGAAACUUCUCGUAAUAAGAAGCUGGCAGCGGCCCAACGCGCUGCGAUGCGAACAACCCCUCGGUCUACCGGGUCCGCCACCCCUAUCGUAUCACCCCUGUCGUCCAUGCCCACAACUCCAUCCAAGCUUUUCACAAAUUUAUCCUCCUCUGGCUAUUUCUCCACAUCCGUUUCCCCAACACGCCCUGGGGUCGAUUCAGAUUCUAUCUUGGAUCUCCCCCAGUUCGCCGCUUCGUCCAGCUCUUCUUCCGCGUCGUCAACAUCGUCGCCGCGGUCGGACUUCUUCGAUAAUCAGCUUAGUUCAUAUGACCUUGGCUUAGACGCUCUCACCCUCGACUCCCACUUGAACAAGCUUUAUUCUACCAACCUCUUUGAACCAUUCCUGGAACAAUCAUUUACCUCGCCCUCGCCUGAACAAAGUUCUGGCCUUCUGAGCGGCGACUUCGGUUGGACUGAGGGACAAGACUUCUACGCCAACUACUCGAAUUUAACCGCAGACGAGCUCGCGUAUGUAUCUUCGCUCGAUGCCGGGACUCAACAAUAUCCUACCCAGUUCUCGGAUACCAUUCUACUGGCCACUCCCCCGGCACCCUUAGAUAAUAUAUCAAACAUCAGUCUAUCACACGCUCCUUGCACGAGUAUUGAAUCCUCCUCGGCUCCCUUCCCGACAACACGUCCGUCUCCCUCGGACCUGCAACAGUAUCUCUACCUAUUCUUCUCAGCAUUUUCGACGCAAGUCCCCAUACUGCAUUCGUCGACGUGGAAAGUCGACGGUAAACCGCCUAUCCUUAUUCUCGCUAUGCAGGCAUGCGGCGCACUAUUCGUGAAAACUCGGACCGCGUUGAACUUCAUCAACGAUGUACUGUCAUCAACUCGAGACACAUUGAUACAGGAGUUUACCAAGAAUCCUAGCGAUUCCAAUGAGCAAAUGGAUCUGAUUAUGGCGGUGGUGCUACUCCAGACGAUUGGAUUAUUCCAUCAACAAGCAGAUCAGAGGGUCUCCUCCAAUGUAUAUCACGGCAUGCUCGUCAUGAUGAUCAGGAGAUCAGGUCUAUUGAACCGCGUUGCCUCCUGGACACCUGCAGACUUCAAUGCUUCAACCUCAUUGGACACUGCUUGGAGGGAAUGGACAACGUAUGAAUCCAUCAAGCGAGCCUUAUUUUUAUCUUAUCUUCACGACUGCUGCCAUUGCAUGUAUUUCUCUCUUACCCCAUCCUUCCAGCCUACCGAAUUCGAUAUUAGCCUUCCCUGUGACGACAUCCUAUGGCGGGCUGGCAGCGCCCAAGAAUGGAUGGAUGCUCUACGCACUCCUUCCCCUUAUGGACUCGGUAAAGGGAGGCUUACUGGAGUCGGAAUGCAGAAUGCGCUCGCUGCGCUCACGGAUGGGCGCCCGAUGGCAGCACCGUUGCCACUAAACCCGUUCGCACACUUCAUCCUCAUACAUUCCAUCUUACGAGAUAUAUACGCCUAUCGCGCCGAACAGCAGUCAAGGGGAUCAUCGGACUUAAUGACCGGGGGGUCGGAUGGUGGAGGAAAGCAGGUACUCUCUGAUGCGAUGAAAGAAAGCAUAGAGAAAGCUCAAAUCGGACUGCAAAACUGGCUGCACUCGUGGUUGACAAGCCCGGAGUCCAUGCACCUGGAGAAGAAUCAAGACGAGCCCCCCUUCGUUUGCAACGCGUUACCAUUCUACUGGUUGGCACAGGUAUCCCUGCUGUCCAUGCAGGAGGGAGCGUCCCCUACCAAAGCCUUGAGCUCAAGAGCCGAGGGACGAUAUCGGCUGAUGAAGCAGUGGCUUGACCACAUUCGAUCCUUCCUCCGCCGUGGGGACCAAAUCCCUUCGCAUCUCUGGGAGGAAUUGAUGAAAAUUCGGCUACAGGUCUCACAAAGCGAGGGCAAUAGUGCGGCGGCAGAUGCCCAAGACGGAUUGUUGGGAUUCUUUCCUGGGCAGUAA